AUGCUGCCGUACCUGUUCCCCGUUCUAGUCCGAUCUCCAUUACUACUACAUGGCCGCUGUUCUUAUGUCAUUCGCACAGGUGACCGCAAGGGACAGACGUGUGGGAGGUUCCACACCCCGUACCGCUGCUUCUCCCGCCUUGACGACGCUUGGCGUGAGGAGAUGGGCGCGGAUGUUGAGCGCCCCCGCUGGGCUGAGCUCAUGAGGGCUGGUGUUGAUGUCUUUGCUCUUGACUAUGAUGCUAUUAUUGCUGCCAUGUAUGCAUUGACUGUUAGUGCCGAGGGAGACUGUUACUUGUGUGUGCCGCCUGACCCAGGUAUAGAGCCCGCUGCCCUGGGUACUAGUGAGUCUGCUCUCUCUGGUAUGGUGCCCCCUGUACUUGCUCCCCCCAGUGCUGUCCUGGCUGGUUUCGAGUCUGCUCUCUCAGGUACAGCACCCACAGAGACUGCUCUCUCAGGUACCGCACCGGCUGAGGCCUGUCACACCUUCACCCUUGACUCAGUCCUUGCCCAGUCCACCACUGUCCUCCCUUGUCCGGCGGUUCCGUCUGGCUCGUUGUCGGGUUUCCACCUCCCCUCGUUCUCGACGAACCUGACCCUCCACCUGGACGUGUGGGGCCCAGCCCGCGUUCGUGGUCAGGGCGGUGAGCGGUACUUUUUGCUGGUUGUCGACGACUACUCGCGUUACACCACGGUCUUCCCCUUGCGCACCAAGGGUGAGGUCCCUGCUGUCCUGAUCCCUUGGAUCCGCACGGUUCGUCUCCAGCUCCGCCGCCGUUUCCGGACGGAUCUUCCUGUCCUGCGUCUGCACUCUGAUAGAGGUGGUGAGUUUUCCUCCGAUCUCUUGAGGACCUUCUGUCAGGCGGAGGGCAUCGAGCAGACCUUCACGCUUCCGGACUCCCCACAGCAGAAUGGGGUUGCUGAGCGCCGCAUUGGCCUGGUCAUGGAGGUCGCUCGUACCUCCUUGGUCCACGCGGCGGCUCCCCAUUUUCUGUGGCCGUUUGCUGUCCGGUACGCCGCGCAUCAGCUCAACCUCUGGCCCC